AUGGCGGAUGCACUAGAGGACUUAGAAACUAGAACAAAAGUUUUUGAAACUAUUCUACAAAUAAUUAACAAUAAUUAUGAUCAAGAAGAUCUACUGAAAGAAUUAUCAUUAUUGCCGUUGGGGCUGGGAAGACAGAUAUCACGCGAAGAUGUGCUUAAAGAAUUGGAAGAGCGUUAUUUGACCCCGAAAACAUCAUUCCCAACCUCUUGGUUACCCAAAUGUCAACAAUAUUGGGAACGUGACCCCGAUUUUAUAUCGCUUACCUCAUUGAGACCUUCAAAAUUUCGGACUACUUUGGAAGUAGUACGAGGUGGACCAGAAGGAAAUAUAAUCGGUUAUAAAGAAGUAACUAUUGGUGAAUCCGCCGUUACUUCUCAGAAUUCAACAUCUUUGUUACGUGAACCUGGUGCGUUGAAAGCUUUUGUGAGGGGAAAGUCCGAUUAUUUGCCGUUUACACCUGGUGGAUUGGAAUCUGAAGUGAUUGUUGAUACAAUAAGUGAAAUCGAUAAAGAACCAGAUGCAUUAACAUUUGGGGAAGAUGAAUUGUUAACAGUACCUCCUGGAUUCGAACGUGGCUUGAUUUAUGAAGACGAACUACCACAAACAAAAUCAAUGCAGAAUAAAUUUGUAGCUGGAUUAAAUAUUACAGAUAUGAUAACCCAUGAGGAUGAUGAACUUGUGGAACUCCUUGAACCUGCUGAUGAAGAAGAUUUAGAAAAAAGUUCUAAAACUCAACCUAUAGUCGAUGAUGUAUCAAAUUUGGAAACAAUACCUCCAGCUAAAGAUGAAAUGGAAAAACCUCCACUUCUUGAGGGGUCAAAUGUGCCAACUAAGUCAACAAGUAGCAACCGUAAUCGUGAAUGGGCUCACGUUAUCGAUGCCAACAGUGAACUUCCUAAUUUCAAAGAAUUGGUAGCAGAAAUGGCGCGCGAAUAUAAAUUUGAGUUGGAUAAUUUUCAAAAGCAAGCAGUAUAUCGCCUUGAGAAUGGUGAUUCUGUGUUUGUAGCUGCUCAUACAUCCGCAGGCAAAACCGCUGUCGCAGAAUAUGCAAUCGCUCUUUCAGCCAAGCAUAUGACACGUGCAAUUUAUACUUCUCCAAUUAAAGCGCUAUCUAACCAAAAGUUUAAUGAUUUUAAAAAGGAUUUUGAUGAUGUUGGGAUUCUUACCGGUGAUAUACAAAUCAAACCCGAGGCCUCUUGCUUGAUCAUGACCACCGAAAUCCUUCGGUCCAUGUUAUAUAGAGGUGCCGAUUUAAUUAGAGAUAUUGAGUUUGUGAUAUUCGAUGAAGUACAUUAUGUCAAUGAUUCGGAGCGUGGUGUUGUUUGGGAAGAGGUCAUCAUCAUGCUCCCUGCUCAUGUUAAUCUCGUCCUUUUAUCAGCAACUGUUCCAAAUACUAAGGAGUUUGCUGAAUGGAUUGGUCGAACCAAAAAGAAAGACAUUUACGUGAUUAGCACACUCAAACGUCCCGUACCACUUGAGCACUUUUUGUAUGCAAAUAAAGAGAUUUACAAAAUUGUAGAUGAUAAAAAAAACUUUUUAACUGCAGCUCUGAAACAAGUCAAUGAUAUACUGUCAAAAAAAGAUAAGAAAGAAAAGGAUGCUAAAGGAAGCACACGCGGUACUCGAGGAGCGGUACGUGGGUAUAGAGGUGGUGGCGGUGGAAGUUAUCGCUCAAUUCAACAGGACAAGAACUUAUGGAAUAAUCUUAUUAGUCACCUUAAAAAGAAAGAACUUCUUCCCGUUGUCGUCUUUGUUUUCUCCAAAAGAAAAUGCAAUGAAUACGCCAGUUGCUUACCAAAUUUAGAUCUUUGUGUUUCGGGUGAAAAAAGCCAGAUUCACACAACUAUUGAAAAGUGUUUAACACGAUUGAAAGGAUCAGAUAAAAAAUUACCACAAGUAUUAACUAUACGUGAAUUACUGAGUAGGGGAAUUGCAGUACAUCAUGGAGGAUUACUUCCAAUAAUUAAAGAGCUGGUCGAGAUAUUAUUUGAAAAAGGACUAGUGAAAGUCCUUUUCGCAACGGAAACUUUUGCCAUGGGUGUUAAUAUGCCUACACGAACAGUAGUUUUUUCUGGAAUUAAAAAGCACGAUGGUAAAGGAUUAAGGGAACUACGUCCAGGUGAAUAUACACAAAUGUCUGGACGUGCAGGCCGCCGUGGUAAAGACAAAACUGGGGUAGUAAUAAUAACAUGUACAGAAGAUGAAGCACCUAAUCAAUCGAUUCUUAAGCAUAUGAUUCUAGGUCUUCCGGAAAAAUUGAAAUCUCAAUUUCGUCUUAGAUACAACAUGAUUCUUAACCUUUUACGUGUUGAAGAAUUACGCGUCGAAGAGAUGAUUAAACGUAGUUUUUCAGAACAUUCUAGUCAGAUAUUGCUACCCAAAUACAAACAAAAGUUAGAGGAAAGUGAAAUGUCCCUUAGCACAUUUCAAAAACUAGAUUGUACAAUAUGUAGCCCAGACAUAAAAGAUUAUUAUAAUGUUUCAACUAGAAUUUUAGAGUUAAACCAUAAACUCUUAGAAACAAUUAUGUUAACACCACAGGGGAACAAGGCUUUAAGCCAAGGAAGAAUCAUGAUAAUUAACAAUGAUUCUUAUAGAAACGUUGUUGCUGUUAUCUUAAAACCUUCAUCAACGAGAAGUGAUCGAUCAUUUUGGGUUUUGAUGCUCUUAGGUGACCAUAUGACGGAUUCUGAAAAAGCUCCGUUACCGGUUACUCGAGUUUCUGUUCCUGAUCAAAGUACUUGUUUCAAUGAAAUCAUAUGUCUUCCUUACAAAGAUAUUGCUAUCAUUACAAAAUCCUUAAUUAAACUGAAUUGUGAUGCCGCGAUCGAACGAGAUCAACAGGAAGUAACUAGAAUAAUGCAAGAAUUGUUACGUUACGCAAUAGAAACCCAAACGGCUGGAAUUAUAGAAAACGAUUGGGCUAAAAUAAAAGGUUUUGAAUUUCAAAAAAAUUUAAAAGAAAAAACCGAUCUUAUGAAUAGAUUGCUUAAUUUCCAAUGCAAUAUUUGUCCUGAUUUGGUCGAACAUUAUGGACAUGUCCACGCUGAACGUCUCCUUGAAACUAAACACGAGCGUUUAAGGCAAUUUAUGUCGGAUCAAAAUCUUGCAUUAUUGCCGGAUUAUAAUAGGAGGAUUGAAGUAUUGGAGAAGUUAAAAUACAUUAAUCAAGAAGGCACUGUGCAGUUAAAGGGACGCGUCGCAUGCGAGAUUAAUUCAGCUGAUGAACUAGUCCUAACUGAGCUUAUUUUUGAAAAUGCUUUUGCUGAUUACGACUAUUCAGAAAUUGUUGCAUUGUUGUCCUGUUUUAUAUUUCAGGAAAGAAUUGUCGAGGAACCAAAACUUAUUCCUAAACUAGACCAGGGCAAACAAAAGAUUCGUGAUUUUGCAAAAAAAGUGUCUGAAGUACAAUUUCAAUGUAAACUCACCAAGGAUGUUGGUGAUGCUAGUGUUCGUACUGUUAAUGAUGCUGUUGAUCUUAUUUUUGAUGACGUUGUUGAUGUUGAUAAAUUCAAUUUUGGCCUCGUUGAGGUAGUUUACGAAUGGUCAAGGGGUCAGGAUUUUAUAUAUAUGAAAGAACUUACUGAAGUAAUGGAAGGUUCGAUUGUUAGGUGUAUUACUCGAUUAGAUGAAACAUGCCGUGAAGUAAAAAACGCUGCAAGAAUAGUAGGUGAUAUAUCGUUAUGUAAAAAAAUGGAAGAUGCACAAGUAUCUAUAAAACGUGAUAUAAUAUUUGCUCAAAGUCUG